AUGACAAAACUUGACAUACAAUCGAUAGCUAUAAUUGGAGCGGGACCUGGCGGUCUUGCUUCGUUAUAUGAAUUUUUGCACACCAACAAAGACGGUUCUUCAACUAUUGGAAGCGCCAACUCGAUAGAUCCCAAGUUUACUAAGAUUGUCGCAUUUGAACAAAAAGAUAAAGUAGGGGGGAUCUGGGCAACGUCUGGUGCAGAUUCAGAUCUUCCAAUACCACCACAAGAUUUGCUUGAUACUGAAUCGUAUGCCGACCCGGAUAUCAUCCAUCCAAGUCAACCAAUUCCAGACAAUUUACAAAAAACUUCGGUUCAUAAGCCUGUUAUUAGAAAAUUAGAUCCAAUAGCUCGAGAGCUCGAGUGGAACAAAAGUGGAGUAUUCCCUGGAUUAUUUACAAAUAUCCCUUCAAGAUUCACAAGAUUCUCUUAUUUACCUAACGAGGCAAAAUAUUUGGAUAAAUCACGAACUAUCUAUCCUUUCCUAUCUCAUGAUGAGCUUUCUAAGAGAUUUAGCGACUUCGUCGAUAAAGAAAACUUAGAUGAUUACGUUCGAAAAAAUUCUAGGGUAGAAGGUCUUUUCAAAAGUAACGAUAAAUGGGUUGUUACUGUAAGACAUACAUCAACUGGUAAUGAAGAAUGGUAUCAGGAGGAAUUUGAUGCAGUUGUAAUAGCAAAUGGUCACUAUACUGUUCCCAAUAUACCCCAUAUUGAAGGAUUAGCCAAGUUUAAUGAACUGCAUCCAGAUAUAUUAAUACACUCCAAGUCUUAUAGAUCUGCGCAAAGCUUUAAGGAUAAGAAGGUGCUAAUAGUUGGAGGAAGCUUCAGUAGUGCAAAUAUUUUGCAGUAUGUCGUACCUCUAGCCAAAGAAACUUUUAUAUCUAAACGAGGGCCACACCUUGUGUUUCCUUGGAUUGAUAAAGCGGUUGAGUCGGAAGGAAUUUCCACGAAGCCUGUCAUUGAGAGAUUUCUACCGGAAUCUAAUGAAGUUCUAUUUUCUGAUGGUACCAAAGAAAAGGAUUUUGACGUUAUCUUAUUAGCUACAGGAUAUCACUAUCAUUAUCCAUUUCUUAAUAAAUAUUUAAAAGUUAUUGAACCAUCAAAUUUAAGUCGAGUCAGUGGACUUUAUUAUGACACGUUUUCUAUUGAAGAUCCAACUUUAGCAACUGUUGGGGUUGCAAUUUCUACCAUCAAUUUCCAUACUAUUGAAGCAAGUGCUUCUGCUAUUGCAGGCAUAUGGUCCAAUGCUAAAACUUUACCAACGAAAGAGGAACAACUUGCAUGGGAGAAAAAUCAUAUUGAAGGCACUGCUAAUAAUCUAUUCUUUCAUUAUUAUACACAUGAUGCGGUGAAAGGCAAUUUCAUUGAUAAACUUCAUACUUAUUCACCUAAAGGUAGAAAAAAUCCAUUUGAAGAAGAUUCUAAGUUCCUCAACGAGAUAAAUGAAGGUGCAACUUAUUUGGAAAGCUUAUUUUACAAACUCAAAGAUAGAACAUUAAAUAUAGAAGAUACUUUGGUCUCUGCAUGA